AUGUUAAAAAAGGCCAAUCAGCGAGAAGAUAGUUGGCGGCAAAUAACAGCACAAAUAAAUCUGCCUGGCGAGGAACUAAAAAGAAGAUUGGAUGGAUUCCUUGAUGGGCUCUUAUCGUCGAGAGAAAAGCAGGGAGAAAAAAAGCCGUAUAACAGGUUCAGACAUAUAGCUAAUGAGCUAAGAAAGUAUUGUUGUGUUAUGUUUAUAGCAGAUUUAGGGAAAUACACGCAGCAACAAAUUAAUAAAGGAUAUUAA